UCUGAGAGAGAGAGAGUGUGUGUGUGUGUAUGUGUGUGUAAGAAAGCUAGAGAGGCAGUGUGUGUGAAGCCUCAGGUCUGUUCUCCGUGUAUGAUGGAGCGUCUCAGUGUUCUUCCUCUUCCUCUGCUGCUGCUCUGUGUGUGUGUUCUCCUCCAGCCGGCUGCGUCUCAAUCCUCCGUCGGCUCCAGAGCAGCAGCAGCAGCGCAGCGCUCCCGCACCCGCUGGGUCACCAACGGCCGGGUGUUCCAGCUACGCAGCCGUGGGCCACAGUACCAGCCGGCAGGCAGAGCAGAGGCAGCCCGGCCAGAGGCUCCAGCAGCGGAGCAGAGGAACUCCAGCAGCAGAUCUGAGGACGGGAUGGUGUCCGACGACCCCUAUGACCCCUACAAAUCUGUAAGAAACAACCCAUACUACAAUUACUAUGACUCCUACUACCGGCCCAGGCACCGCAGCCCGCAGAGGCAUCACGGAUACGGGACCCGCUACUUCCAGAAUGGUCUGCCGGAUCUGGUGGUGGACCCUUACCUGAUCCAGGUGUCCACGUAUGUGCAGAGAGUGCCGAUGUAUAACCUGCGCUGCGCGGCGGAGGAGAACUGCCUGGCCAGCUCUGCUUCAGGAGCUGCAGACUACGACACGCGGGUUCUGCUGAGGUUCCCUCAGCGCGUCAAGAACCAGGGAACCGCAGACUUCCUGCCCAGCAAGCCGAGAUACGCCUGGGAGUGGCACUCCUGUCACAACCACUAUCACAGCAUGAAUGAGUUCUGCCAUUACGAUCUGCUGGACUCCAGAACUCAACAGAGAGUAGCUGAAGGCCAUAAAGCCAGUUUCUGUCUGGAGGACACGUCCUGCGACCCGGGAUACCACCGACGCUACGCCUGCACGUCCCACACGCAGGGUUUGAGUCCUGGCUGUUACGACACGUAUAGCGCUGACAUCGACUGUCAGUGGAUCGACAUCACAGACGUCCAACCUGGAAGAUACAUACUGAAGGUUACAGUAAAUCCAGGUUUCCAGGUGUCGGAGUCAGACUUCAGUAAUAAUAAUGUCCGCUGCGAUGUUCAUUACACUGGAAACUACGCGCAUGUGUCCGGCUGCACCAUGAGUCCACACUAGCACCAGAAACAUCCUCAACAUCCCAGAUCAUCUGUUCACCAGGAGAAAUAAAGUCCACUUCUGUAUAUCUGAAAAUAGCUCUGCAGCGUUAUUAGUAUGACAGAGGUAUGAGCUCUCAGGUUACACAGAUCAACUGCAAGACUCAUUUGUCCUAAAUAAAUAACAUUAACAUCUGAUUAUUUACUUUUGAUUAUUUACUUGAGCAUCAAAAUGAUAAACUUUACUGAAUACUGGAAUUAUUUUAAUGAAAUUAUGUUUAAAACAAGAGCAGAAAUCUGCCUGUAAGGUCAGAAAAGUAAUGCUGAAUUAAUUUAGUUUAUAAUUUAUAUAAAAUAUUAAUCAUAAUUAACAGCAUCCAAAAUAAAAGUUAGUUUUGACUUAAUAUGUGUGUG